CCCGUCGCGGCGUUGGAAUGGUUUGUGCGGGUGCGGGGCGGAGGGGACGUGUACCAUUGGCGAGGACGACCCGUGCGCGAUUGAAAAGGAAAAGAGAAGAAAAAAACAACGCAGCGGACCACAUCCGAUAAUAUCGCAUACCUUAACAUCCGUAAUCCGUUCGUCGUCGUUCGCGCGCGCGUCCUGUAUUUGCGCCAAGCGUUCUCGUCGUAUCACCGUUGUCCGUGUCCACCGAAUCGUCAAACUCGCCCUACGGCGAAUGCGGACGACGUUCGCCAUGGACGCAGCAACACCGCCGAAUUAGUCCGCUCGAUGGAACUGGAGGCGACCACCGCCACUCGGGAUCCGUGCCGCCGUUGUCCGCCGACACUACGGAAAUGAACGACGAACAGGUUGGCUUCAACCUGGCCGAUCUCAAGAAGCUGUGCAACUCGUACAUCGACUACACGCGCACGUACAUGGACCAGCGGAACACGCUCGGGCGCAUUGACGAGGAACCGUCCGCUCUCGACUACGACUUCGUGUUCCAGUUCUCGUCAGAGGUGGUGGACUUCAGCUCGCAGUACGGCAGCGACAUCAGCAUAUCGUACACGGCCAGCAACCUCAUCGGCCGGCCCAGCAAGUUUCCUAACUACGGAGACUUCCCGCAGUCGUACGUCAUGAGAUCUUAUGGACCAUGGAAAGAACUUGCUCCAUCUCGAAAAUGUCAAAUUAUGCCACAAAAUUCUGGAAUCAUAAAGAGUGAAGAUUUUAUAAUAUUAUCGUUUGCUACACCAGUUGUUCCCCUAGUCAUCUCUAUAUUUGAAACAUAUACGCCUGGUUCUAUUGUACGUAUAUCAGGAAAAGUUAUUGAUCUUCCUGAUAAAGAUGCAUGGAGAUUGUUAUGGGAAGGACUACCGCAGAAUUGUAAUGGUUUAAGACAUUCUCGAUUGUUUGCUCCAAAAUUAAAUUUCAUUAAAGAACGAGUCAAAGAAAUAUGCAUAGAGUUCAAUCACUCCCAAUUGGAUUACUAUACAGAGUUAGAUGCUGUAUCUAUGGGUGGAGUUUUAAAUUACCCAGAGAAUGGAGAACUUGGAAUUUUAUCGAUACCCUUGGUUACUCAUACAUUGUCAGGAUACGUAUACGAUAACAAUGAAAUAAAAGAUCAAGAGAUAUUAAAUGAAGUUAGAAUGCCAUCUGUUGCUUCAUAUAUGCCCAUGUCAACGAGUUUAGAUCCUUUUUUGAAACUUAUCAAAAAUAUAGAAGAACUUGAAAGUGAAUGGCGCAAUGAACCCAAUAUUGAUUAUACAUUGCAAUUGCCUAAUGAAACAUUAAUGUACAUAUUUUCGUUCUUGGAUUUAAAAUCAUUACGCUUGUGCAUGAGAGUUUGCAAACGUUUUAAGUCCAUCUGUUCAGACCCAUUAUUCUAUAGAGAAUUAAAUUUAAAACCUUAUUGGUCUUCAUUUUCCUAUGAAAUGCUCACUUCAUUAGAACCAUAUUGUACUCGAAUCACAAAGUUAGAUUUAUCUUGGUGUGGUAUUACAAAAGGAAUAAAAACUUUACCAUUUAAUAUAUUUUUGAAGCAAUAUGGUUGCAAUUUGAUAGAUUUACGAUUAGACAACUGUGGAUUUGUUGAUGACACAACAUUAAUCAUACUCAAUUUCUUCUGCUACAGCAUCAAAGAAUUGAGUUUGAGAAGUUGUACUAAGAUUAAUUUUUCAAUAGUAGUAUCACCACCAACUUUUUUAUGUCAACUAGAACGUAUAGAUUUCUAUAGAACAAAUGUCAACAUACUUUUUUUGGAAUCAUAUCUACCCCUUAUGAUUAAACUAAAACACAUAAAUCUAGGAUCAUGUAAAAGAAUUGAUUGCAUGGAUCAUAUAGCAUAUAUGUUAUCUAAAUCAAAUAAGCAAUUGGUGUCAGUGGAUUUCUGGAAGAGUUACACAUUAUCUCCUAAUGGGCUGCGGUUUCUAACAGUCCUCAAAGACCUAGAAGAAAUUGAUCUCGGAUGGUGUUUGGCCUUGAGUAUACCUGGUGAUAGUCUUGUGGACUUGGUGAAAUCAUGUCCAAAAUUGAAAAAGAUCAUUGUCGUAUCGUUACGUGGAAUGUGUGACCGUGAUCUUCUUGCAUUUGCGGAUCACUGUCCUUUAUUAGAACAAAUUGAUUUGGUCGGUCUCAGAGCAAUAACAGUUGACGCUUGCUCCAAGUUCCUAGAGAAAUGCGAGAAUCUUAAGUUGAUGGACGUUAACUUUUGUGAGAACAUUAAAGAAGUGAAUGUUCAAGAAUGGCGGCAGAAAUAUCCUAAUGUAUGCAUUCAAUUUACUACUUCUGACUAUACAAAUGUUUAUCAUUACUAGAUCGUCAGAGUACUUUUUAAAUUUUCUAUUUUGCUUUAAACAUUAAGUAAAAUAUAAAUUUAUAAAAAUAAUUUUAUCUACUAUAUGUUCCCAAAAUAUGGUUUUGUGGAUUUAUAAAAAUAUUAUGUUAUAAGUUGUGAUCAAUUAUAAAAAUUACUUUUAAGACCAAAAUGUUCAA